AUGAAGCACAGCCGUGCCUCUCGCACGUCACCAUCGCCUCCGUUCGUCUUCUCCCGCGCCGGCGCCGUCGAGGCCGAGUCGUUCCACUUCCCGCUCUGGCAGGUCUGCGCGGCCGCGUGCGGGGCGUUCGUCUUCUCCCGCGCCGAUGUCGUCGAGGCCGAGGCGUUCGACUUCCCGGCCUGCUAUGGCUGGCGGGUGCUGCUCGCCUGCAACGGCGGCGGCGACGCCGUCUCGCGGGGGGGUCGCCGUUGGCUUCGCCAGGCACGGCUGCAGGCUGGUCCUGGUGGGCGACGAGGGCGCCCUGGCCGCGACGGCGGAGGAGGCGCGGCCCAAGGGGCGGCGGCCAUCGUGGUGCUUGGGCUGGACUUGGCGGCCUGCGACGAGGCAGCCGUCGGCGCCGCGGUGGACGCGGCGUGGCGCUGCUUCGGGGACGGCGGGCUCCAUGCCCUUGUCAACUGCUGCUCCUUCGAGGGGGAAGUGCAAGAUUGCCUCAGCGUGACUGAAGAUGAGUACAACAAGACCAUGAAAGUCAAUGUAAUCACACCUUGGCUCCUGAUAAAGGCGAUAGCGAAGCGGUUCCGGGAUGCGCAGUCGGGCGGCUCCGUGGUUUGCUUGACCCAGAUCAUCAGCGCUGAGAGAGGAUUGUAUCCGGGGGCUGCGGCAUACGGCACAAGUUUAGGUGCCGUUCACCAGCUCGUCAGACUGUCGGCGAUGGAGCUCGGCAAGCACAAGAUCAGGGUGAACGCCGUCUGCCGCGGCCUCCACCUGGGGGACAAGUUCCCUCUCUCUGUUGGGGAGGAGAAGGCCGAGAAGGCGACCGGGGAGGUGAUGCCGCUGCGGCGGUGGCUGGACCCGGACAAGGACCUCGCUUCCACGGUGCUGUACCUGGUCGGCGACGACUCCCGCUUCAUGACAGGCACCACCAUCUAUGUCGACGGCGCACAGUCCAUUGUGCGCCCUCGCAUGCGUUCCUUCCUGUAGCAACAGCGGUUUGUGCAAAGGGAUCAACUGCCAUAAUUAAGCAGUCUCUAUGAAUGCAAUAAUUAACAGGGUUUAAGAUGGUAGAGUAAAGAUCAAAAUUGACAAAGAGUAUCCAGAAUCAACAUGAGUGGCACAGCAGGCCCUUCUUCAGAUUAAAAGACAAACGCAGAACCUUGCUGCACACAGGCAUCAAAGGAGUGAAAUGGAUUGAGUAGUCGACAUGUGGACCAAGCCGUAUCAAUGGCGUUCGGAGAGAACGGAGCAACCAACUACAUCCGCAUCCAGGGUAACGGCAUUACCGCCGGAGCGACGACGGAGGCGGCCAUGGCGGAGCGGGGGGUGGAGUCGGUCCUGUUCCGGGGGAAGAAGCUGAUGCCGCAGACCAACGACGAGCGGCUGGACGGCGUGGUGGAGCAGCUGGUGCGGGAUCCUCCGUGAUUCGGCCAUUGCCAUUCUCCACGGAUCUGGCCGUGGCCACAACCGACGCUGCCGGUUCCAUGGAGGAGCUCACCCCGGCCUUCUCCUCGUUUUCCUCCAUGGUCGGGUCUCCUAGUGGAGGUGCCGAUGCUGCCGGUUCCACAACGCAAGAGCCCGUGGCAACGCGGCAAACUGAAGUUGUUCGCCGGCGUCGCACAGGGCGUUUUUGGCGUCGCAGGAAACCCUACCUCGGGGUUGGCAUAGGGCAUCUCUGGCGUCGUAUGAAACCCCACCGCGGGGCUGGUGCAGGGAGUGGCCGACCAUCCCACCCUGCUGAAGCCGCAGGGCGUCUCUGCCAAGUCCAUGGUUGGCGAGUCCAAGGCCGUCUCUAUCCAGGCCUCCGUGGUCGAGGCGAACUGCACUAACAUCGAUGUCUGCCCUGAACUGUUUGCAUCUAAAAGCUCUUGUGACGAUGGAAAGUCUACCUCCAAGGGACCAAAAAAGAAAAUCGGUCCUAAAAGAUCUUCGCCUGACACAUCUACUCACGAUGACAGUGAAGUAUAUCAAGCUGGUGCUAAAAGAAGGACUCUUAACCCCUCUAUUCCUCAUAAGGAGAGCUUGGAGUCUGAAGAUUUUUCUGCAAAGUAGGUUUCCCUUUGGCUCUAAUUCAUGAUAUUUGGUAACUUGUUGUUGUUGUAGUUAUAUUGAUAACCUGGUGAUUUCAGAUACCAACAAAAAUUUAUUUGCCUAUAUUACGGUUGCAGAAGUCCUUGUGGAUAUCCUAUACAGUAUAAAUAUGAACCACCACUUGGUGGAUCGCUGCUGUUUAGAGCUCUGCUCUGUUAAUGCUACUUUGAGUCUAGAUGGCAUUAACUACAGAGAAGGGAUCUAGCUAGGUUUGCAAUGGCAUGUGUACUAACGAAUCAUUUUAGUCUCAGGUUUUCCCUGCAAAACUGAAGUUCAUGUCUCAUGUUUGGAUUAAUCACGGUGUAGUCUGAUGGUAAUUUGUCUACUUAGUGCAGUUUAUGUAUUCUUCCACAACUUCAUUUAAUGCUUUCAGAGUUAAAGUUUUGGGGAUAGUUUGGAUGUUAUACCCAAGGCAUUAUAAUUGCUCUAUAUUAUUCUUAAUUUCAUAUAUCAUCACCUUAGACUACUCGAACUGUCGGCCAUGCUUUGUGAUCAUGUGCGACGAGCAUAUUGUUCGGUGCUGCUAUUUUCCAUUCGCUGCUGGGUUGCUUCUACUCUCCACCAAUCUGUCAAGUAGCAAAGAGUAGGUUUGACCUCAAUUUCGAUGCAGACAUGGAUUGGGAUGUGAUGCAUGUACUUGCUAAUUAAGGGAUUUGGAUCUUGCCCUCAAUUAGAGUUCCCAAUCUCAACGAAGUGGGGUUUACGAAUUUUAUUAUUUUUUAGCUUGAAUGGACUGUAGCUUCGCUUAAUUGACUGACAGUUGUAUUUGACUGCAUAACUGGAUUAAUUGAUUUCAUGGCAGAUGCCGGUUUUGACCUUGGUUGAUCAUGCUUUGUUCCUUGUUUGGCCUGCAACAUAUUUUCUAUGCAUUCGCAGAAAUGGUAACUGAAUAAUUACUUCAUACUGCAGAACAUCUUGCUUAAUACCUGAGUCCCCGGCCCUUGUUGCUACAGGUUUAUCUUGGACAUGAUUCUCAAAGAAGAUACAGAUGUGCAUGCUUCAUAUCUUCUACACGCUUAUGCAAAGCAGGAUUUUAUUCAUAUUUUGAUGAGCUUAAUUUCUUAUGCUAAUGUUUGCUUCCGCCUGAAGGAUACAUAUGGUAUGUUUUGUGAGCGGUGGGUAUGGAUGAGGUGAGUGCGUCUGUUAGUGCAUCAUUUUUGUUGGAUACUUUAAUCUGUUAAGGUUGGUAUAUAUUGAGUGUUGAUGAUGACAUGUUUAUUUUGAUUGGCGUGGUUGCCUCAAAGUAAUGCCCUGCUACUCCUUGGGGGGCGUGAGUGAAGAUUUAUGCCUUAAGCAUAGGAAUGAGGGAGUAGGUAUCCAACAGAAUAGGCGAUGAUGCUAGGAGAAAAAGAAGACUUUGAUCUGGUUCUUCAAAGAGGUACAUCAAGGAACAAGUACAUGGUGCUACUCGAUGGUCAGCCAGAUUCUGACUAUUAUUUUGGGAUGCCAAAGAGAUAGCACAUGAUGUUCGACCGCUGGGGAAUUGAAGUAUAGUGCUUACCAAUAUACUGGCAUGUAUUUUUUUCUAAAGGAUAUAGUGGUUUCCUUUAGUUGAAAUACAUAAAAUUUUCACCCCCAAUGAUUCAACAAGAGUUGUUCAUUAAAAGUGUGUGGUCUCUUUCUUCAUCAAGAAUUGAAAUAUCUGUGCUAUUAUAACUCCAUGGAGAGCAAUAAUAUAAUUUUCACAAGGGGUGACCUUUAUUGGCUAA